CUCAAGGAUGGCGGACCACUUCGCGCUGAUGACGGGGCGGAUGAUCACGGAGGCGACGCUUCAGUCAGCCAUUCAUCAGGCCUUCGACGUUCCUUCCGGGAAGGCUGAUUGUGAUCAUCAUGAUCAUUCUGUUUUUGAGGACGGGAGGAUCAAGAGUGGCGUCGUGGUGGAAUGCAGAAUCUGCCAAGAAGAAGGUGAUGAAGCUUACAUGGAGACCCCUUGCUCCUGCAAGGGUAGCCUCAAGUACGCUCACCACAUAUGCAUCCAGAGGUGGUGUAACGAGAAGGGAGACACCAUAUGUGAGAUAUGCUUACAGCAAUUUACACCAAACUACAGUGCUCCUUUGAAGUUGUUUCGGAUCGGAAGAAACCAAAUUAUCUUCAGGAGAACUGGAGAAACACUAGAGAACCUCAAUGCUGAAGAAAACAUUUCGCAAACGGCUGGUCAUGCUGUUGGCACAUCAAGCUUUGACUCUCAAGGUUCCAAUCCGAAAGGUGCCACCUACUGCCGUGUAAUUGCCAUAGCUUUGAUGGCUCUGCUAGUGCUCCGUGACGCGAUCUCGCUUCUCCUCGGCGGCCCUGAGGUGUACUCGAUAGCACUGAUCACGCUGCUGAUGUUGAGAACAGCCGGAAUUGUCAUACCAAUCUACAUCAUCUUGAUAUCAGUUGUCACAUUGCUCCAUCGGUACAAUCAACACCAGGGUGUUCAUGACGUAACGCCAGUUUCAGAGCCAGGAAGAGCAGAGGGCUUACAGAGCCAGCAGUCGAUGCCAACACAACAACAUGUUAUCAGCAUCCAGUAGCAAGCUGCGGAAGGAAAACUGUGGUUAGGUUCUGUAAAUAUCUGUCUCAUUGGAUGAAGUUGGCGAGAUCUAUGCUGGCUUUUAUAGGAUACAGAGGAUGCAAAAUCAUUGCAAGUGUAGAGUUGCUUCGUAGAAUCUUUGUACACAAGGCAUACUAAAACAGAUCCACCUAACUUCACAAGUCAUGAAGAUGAAGUGGGCAUGUGUAUAUAAAAUUUAGGAGUGCCCUCCCACAUUCCUGGGAAAGAGAAAAUUGUCCCCAGCUACAGAAGAUAACAAUCACUAAAACGUCUGUAUUUUCUUUGAAAAGAGUAGGGAACUGAAACUGCAGCUCUGUAAAAAAACGUGCAAUCCUUCACGCUUACAUCAA